CGCAUGGACGCGGGGUCGCUGCUGCCUGAGAUGACCGGGAUGGAGGAGGAGAGAUGGAGGAGACGGGUACCUGCUGGUGGUGACGGUGACGGUGGCGGUGACGGUGGUGACGGUGAUGACGACGACGACGACGAUGAGUGCCCGGAGUUGGUGGCCACUCUCCUUCCCCACGAGCGCAUUCCCAUCACCAUCAUCUCGGGCUACCUGGGAGCCGGCAAGACGACGCUGCUGAACUACAUCCUCACGGAGCAGCACAGCAAGCGGGUCGCCGUGAUCCUCAACGAGUUCGGGGAGGGUUGA